AUGGCUGACACCACAAACGCUCACCCGUCAGAGACGGCAGUCCCAGCGCCAGAAGUCCUUGCUGGAAUCACUGAAGAGUCGUUGGUCAAGAACGAAAAGCCGUUAUCAAAGGAAGAGCAUCCGUCGGGAAAGGAGGGCUAUGGAACCUUUGUGCAAAUAAUCCGCGGCUCUUGUUUCGCUCUCUACUUCAAUUCAUGCAUAUUCAUCAUUUUCCUCACCCAGCUCGUCGGUUUGCCGCUGUACUUUGUCAACCGUGACUGGUACUACGCUUACAUAGCCAUGACCAAGGGCUUCUUUGGUCUUACCAUAACUCUCAUGACCCAAAUCUGGGGCCCGACAACCAUUCGAGUUAGCGGUGACGAGUCGGUCGCUGGCCAGAUUAAGUUACGGGCCGACGGGGGAGUGCAGUUUGAGUUCCCUGAGCGGUUGGUGCUCAUCGCCAAUCAUCAGAUUUACACUGACUGGCUUUACCUCUGGUGGAUUGCUUAUGCCAACUCCCCAAGCAUGCAUGGCCACAUUUACAUCAUUCUCAAGGAGUCACUCAAGCGCAUCCCAAUUGUUGGGUUGGGCAUGCAGCUCUAUGGAUUCAUCUUCAUGUCAAGAAAGAUGACUUCUGAUCAACCCAGAAUGGCUUACCGCCUCAACAAGCUGAAGAAGCCCAAGGUUGACCCCAAUGGGAAGUCUUAUAUGGACCCGAUGUGGCUGCUCUUGUUCCCUGAAGGCACCAAUCUUUCCAACAAUGGGCGUAGAAAAUCGGCAGGCUGGGCGGCCAAGAUGGAUCUCAAGGAUCCCGAGCACGUUUUGCUCCCAAGGAGCACCGGUAUGUUCUUUUGUUUGAACGAGCUCAAAGGAAGCCUUGACUACGUCUAUGAUUGCACGGUCGCGUAUGAGGGAAUCCCCCGAGGUGGAUUCGGUGAAGAGUACUUUGGUCUGGUUAGCACCUACUUCCAAGGGCGACCUCCCAAGUCGGUCAACUUUCACUGGCGCCGUUUCCGACUGAGCGACAUUCCCCUCGACGACCAAAAGGCCUUUGAUCUCUGGCUUCGCGAGGAGUGGUAUAAGAAGGAUGCACUGAUGGAAGAGUACAUGUCAACUGGUCGGUUCCCUCGCAUGGAGGGGGGUAAGGUCGAUUACAUCGAGACCGAGGUCAAGACACGGCAGCCAUGGGAGAUUCUCCAGCUCUUCACUGUUGUUGGCACUGUUGCGCUGAUUUGGCACAACACCAAGAAGACGUUUACGACUAUGACAACAGUCUUUCAAUAG